CAACCUAUGCCUUUUUGAAAACCAUAAAAAUUUCGAAUCUCCAUAUCUCCUCUUCCUCUUGGGGCUUGAACCAUGGGUAUCACAAGUUUUACUCAAGAAUUCACUUGCCCCAUCGACGCAGCACGCAUGUUCAAGGCCUUGAUCAUUGAGUCCAACACUUUGAUCCCCAAACUGCUGCCUCAAUUCAUCAAAAGUGUGGAUGUAAUCCAUGGUGAUGGAGGAGCUGGAAGCAUUGAGCAAGUCAACUUCACUGAAGCUAGCCAUUUCAAAUAUGUUAAACAUCGGAUCGAUGAGCUUGACAGAGACAAUCUUAUGUGCAAGUACACGAUGAUUGAAGGAGAUGCUCUAGGUGAUAAACUUGAAUCUAUUGCAUAUGAGGUGAAGUUUGAAGCCAUUAGCGAUGGAGGUUGCAUAUGUAAGAUGACAAGUAAUUACCACACAAUUGGGGAGUUUGAGAUAAAAGAGGAGGAAAUUAAGGCAGGCAAGGACAAAGCAAUUGGUAUUUACAAAGUUGUGGAAACAUAUCUUUUGGAGAACCCUACUAUCUAUGCUUAAUUUCUCAUGAUUUUCCCUUCCUCAUUCAUUUUUUUUUCCAGGGCAAAUAUACUUGAUUUUCGUUUGUAACAGCCAAUAAGAAAUUAUCAGUUUGUGAAACCAAGAAAAUAAAGAGAAAUUCUCUAUUUGAUUCAUAUCCUUCCUGUUGAUAUCGCAUUUGAUUAUGUUGUAGUUAGUAUAUAUUCUCACAAAUGAUAUGCCAAACAUAAAAUUAAUAGCAGGUCAAUGUCACAUUCACUCUUUUGAUUCAAUAAGAAAAACACCCUUGCCCCUUCUUCUUUAA